ACAUCGUCUAUUACAUCGAAUAUAAUGAUUUCAAGGGAACAUGACUCGGCAAUUUUAGAUUUUCUCGAUUCAAUUCUUUGUGUUUCUACGUUUUACGGCAACAAAAUCAACCCUGGAGGCGAAAUAUCAAAUGCCACAAGAAAUAAAACGCGAAAGAAAGGUGCCGCUGGCACCCCUAUCGCCGUGUCCCAUUCCAGACAUCUCCGACGAUGAGUUAAUUUCGAUUUCGGUGCGUGAUUUGAACCGUACAUUGAAACUACGCGGUUUGACUCGCGACGAAAUUGUUCGCAUGAAACAGAGACGACGAACAUUGAAGAAUCGCGGAUACGCGGCCAGUUGCCGAAUCAAACGGAUCGAGCAGAAGGAUGAACUGGAGACGGAAAAGACUCAGGAAUGGCACGAUAUGGAAGCGAUGCAGGAUGCCAAUGAACACAUUCGUACGGAUACUGAAUUGUGGCGGCGCAAGUAUGAGUCGUUGAAGAAAUUUGCGAUUACAAACAAGAUUGCGAUACCAGCCGAAUUGGAGUAGCCAUGUAGUUCAAGUGUGGUCGAAUGUAGCACCCAUUUUGGGGCAAUAAAACUUUACUUUUAGUUCAUUC